AUGUUUUUAGCAGACGUUUCUUACUCACCCUCCACCAACCCUCCCUCUCUCACCCCACCUUUCACCAACCCUCCCUCUCUCACUUCACCCUCCACCAACCCUCCCUCUCUCACCCCACCUUCCACCAACCCUCCCUCUCUCACUUCACCCUCCACCAACCCCUCCUCCCUCCAUGUGCCUCCUCUCUUUUUCCAACCAAUGGCUUCUCCCAAAAAAAUCCAGCGGUUACGAAUGUUUCCUGGAAGUUUUUCAGACAUGCUCAGGCACAUCCCUGUAUCGCGAUUCAGAGUGAGUGGUGACCCGUGGUACCAAGAGAUUGUAGUGCGGUAUAGAGCAAGGAGAACGGAGGAGGAGAGGGAGGGGGUGCGAGAGAGGAAUGAGAGGGGGCAUGGGGGCGAGGAGGAGGCGGGUGGAGUGGCAGCAGUGGGUGUGGGAAGGGAAGAGAGUCGAGAGCAACAGGGGCAGCAGAGGGAGCACGGGAGAUCACAGCAAGGAAGGCAGCAACACAUGUUGGGCCUGUGGUGGAGCGGGUGGGGAAGAGGGGGGGAGGGAGGGAGAGGGCGUGAGGAGGGGAGGGGGCUGGAGAGGGGGAGAAGAAGGCACGGGCACAGGAGGCAGCGCAGGAGGGAUGGACCAAAUAUGGAGAUGAGUGUUCUCGAGUCGGUCGCGGGUGUCUUCCGCAGGCUUCAGUCCGCCUGCCUGCGGAGAAGUCGACUUAGUGACGGUGGUGGUGCUGGCGGUCCCUUCAACGUGUUCCCUGCACAGUCCUAUCUCAACGUUCUCAACUUCAACAUCCCACUGCCUCGCCUGCCCCAGCUGCCCUUCCCCUUGAAGGACAAGUUAAAGGACAAAUUCAAUAAGUUCCAUAAGUCGCCUCCGCCCUCCCCUCCUCCUCCGUCCCCUUCCCCUCCUCCUCCCUCUCCCCCUCCACCCAAGAAGAAGUCCCCUCCCCCUCCCAAGAAGUCCCCCCCUCCUCCUGAGAAAAAGUCGCCCCCUCCUCCCGAACACAAGUCGCCCCCGCCGCCCGAGCACAAGUCGCCCCCGCCGCCCAAGCACAAGUCGCCCCCGCCGCCCAAGCACAAGUCGCUCCCGCCGCCCAAGCACAAGUCGCCCCCGCCGCCCGAGAAGAAGUACCCCCCUCCGCCCGAGCACAAGUCCCCCCCUCCGCCUGAAAAGAAGUCGCCCCCUCCCCCCAAGCACAAGUCACCCCCUCCCCCCGAAAAGAAGUCGCCGCCGCCGCCCGAACACAAGUCUCCCCCGCCACCCAAACACAAUUCUCCUCCUCCGCCCGAGAAAAAGUCCCCUCCUCCGCCCGAACACAAGUCACCCCCUCCCCCCAAGCACAAGUCCCCUCCUCCCCCUGAGAAAAAGUCGCCCCCGCCGCCCGAACACAAGUCUCCUCCUCCACCCAAGCACAAAUCGCCCCCUCCGCCCGAGAAAAAGUUGCCACCCCCGCCUGAGAAGAAAUCCCCUCCUCCGCCCUCUCCCUCUCCUCCUCCUCCUCCCCCACCCCGCAAGCCGUCCAAGAAGGACCAUCUCAUCAUCAUCCUCCUGAAAGGCGCGGCAGUUCUGGUGCGCAAGGCACAUGGCAUCCUCCCCCCUGGUAACGACUCUCAGAAGGAGGACCUCAGGGAUGUGGUGAAAGCACUGGGUGAUGCAGAGGUGCUGAUUAAUGAGGGGAGGCGGGAGUUGGUGCGGGAGCAGCUGGAUAAUAGUGUUGCGACUUUGGAGGAGGUGGGGGGAGAGCUGCAGGGCGGGUGGGUGCAGGAGCAAGCUGCAGGGGGGAUGAUUGGGCUGGCUCGAGUCGAAAUCAUGAAAGCCCAGGCGCUGUUUCAGGAGUGA